GUAAACAUUGUAAACAAAAGUAUAAUAGUAGUGCACUGCAUUAUGGAACCGGCUGAAAUUAGAGACGUAGUGCUGAAUGUUCGUAAACCUGUAGUUCUUAGAGGAGUAGAAAUUCCUUGGUUUUGUUUCAAUCAAACGCUUUCGGAGUGGUUAACCCAUUUGGAUGCCUCUAUCCAUAAUGAUAAAGGAUUUGCACUGGAUUGUGGUUCGCGAAAAAACGGUCGAACACCGCAAUGGGAACGACUACGGAAGAAGAUUCAAAAACCGAUGAUAGAUUUUUAUAAGGAAUCCAAUGCCGGCAAUAAUGACCAUGAAAGUAGUAAUGAUUUUUUUCGGGACAACUGGGCAUCCUACAGUUAUCGAUACAUUAGCGAACUGCCGGACGAAUGUCGAAAAGGAAUCAAUUUUGAAUGUUUCGGUUUUCCCGAUGUGGAGGAGGAUAUAUCCUUUUGGAUUGGAUCGCAGGGAGCGCACACUCCGUGCCACUACGACACAUAUGGGUGCAACAUAGUGGUGCAGGUGCACGGUCGAAAGCGGUGGCUGUUGUUCCCUCCAAGUGCGAAGCUCAGGGCAACCCGGGUGCCGUAUGAAGAAUCCAGUGUUUACUGUGAGGAAAACUUUUACAGUCCGGCAACGUAUUCGAAACUGAUAGGAGUUGAAAAUGAAGCAUUUCACGUGGUUUUGGAACCGGGGAUGGCAUUGGUCGUACCACCAAAGUGGUGGCAUUAUGUCGAAACGCUAGAAUUUUCGUUGAACUUUAACACUUGGAUUCAGUUGCAAAGUGACCCCGAGGAGCAAAUUUCAGAGUGCUUGACACGACUUGUCAUACAAGAUUACUCGAGUUCUUUGAGUUCUAACAGUCUACAACACAUCAUAAAUCCAAACGAAGUAUCGUCAAUUGCUUCUACAUCACCGGGCGAGCUCCACUCAACCCUUAAAUAUCUACUGAACCAACGAACAGCUGGGAAGCGGCAACGCAAAAGUCAACCGCAACAUCCCAUCAAUUACAUUCCCACAUCUGAAUUGCAAUCGCUUCUAUCCGCCCACAAAGAGCACAUCAUCCCGGUGCCAAAACUCUCCAAUCACGAGUUUUUCCAAUUGAUGCAGCAGAACAGUCAACGGUACGACCCCUCCCGGAACCGCUCCAGUGACGACGAAGAGGACAACCGGUGCGCCGCUAAUGCCAUCAAUCGGGCCUGCAAUCCGCAGUUGAUCGAUAUGCUGAAAAGGACCCUAGAGGGGCUGGAAUAA